GGCGGCGGCGGGCGCGCAGCGCGGCGGGGCCCCCGGCACCAUGCCUCGGCCGGGCCUCGGCCCUCAGGCGAGGAGACCCGCGCCCGGCUCCCGGCCCCGCUGAUGCCCCCCCGGUUCCCCCGGCGCGCACGCAGCCGCCCCGCUUUGUCGGUCGGUGCCCGUUCGGUGCCCGCUGGACGGUGCUGACCCCCCCCUCACACCGGCCGCACCGCCACCCCGCCUGAGGGAAGGGGCCCGGGGCUGCUGCUCGCGGGCCCGGCUGGGGAGCGGAGCCGGCAGGGCGCAGCGGUUGUGACUGUUUCUCUUCUGUCAUUUGUGUGGAAAGUGCCACACACACUCCAGAACAACAACGGCUUUUGCUUGCAUAUUCCAGUGUUUCUUUUGUCAGCGAGUUCAGCAAAGUUGUAAUUCUUCAAGUGCCAGCCCUGAGCUGAGUGAGGAGCCACCAGCAGAGAUGGUAAAAAUGACAAAAUCAAAAACGUUCCAGGCUUACCUGCCGAACUGUCACCGAACCUACAGCUGUAUCCACUGCAGAGCCCAUCUAGCCAAUCAUGAUGAAUUGAUCUCCAAGUCCUUCCAGGGAAGCCAGGGACGAGCCUACCUCUUUAAUUCUGUGGUAAAUGUGGGCUGUGGUCCAGCAGAGGAGAGAGUUCUUCUGACAGGUUUACAUGCUGUGGCAGAUAUCUAUUGUGAAAACUGUAAAACCACUCUUGGAUGGAAAUAUGAACAUGCUUUCGAGAGCAGUCAGAAAUACAAAGAAGGAAAAUUUAUCAUUGAACUUGCCCACAUGAUAAAAGACAAUGGCUGGGAGUGAAUCAUAACCCUUUUCCUUCUGUUUGGACAAUACUCUGUGGAACAUGCUUUACAAAGACUAACGCAAAGUAAAGGAAGAGCUUGGCUAGAGUGGCCCUGAGAAUAUCACUGAACUCUGAAACCUCACAAAUGAGUAGUGUAGUGUAAGUGGCUAUUUCAGGCCAUGUUUGCCUUUUCUCCUUGUGUAAGUUCCCUCUUUUUGUAUGUGUAUUAUUGUGUGAACAGUUGUUUUGGAACAUUUUGGAUGACCUUUUUCUAAACUCUCUCAAACUAGAGAAACAGUUCACUAAUUGAAAAUGGAUUUUACUGGUUAGCAUCUAUCUCUGACCUAUGCCUUUAAUGCUACCUUCCGCUGUGCAUGCUUCUUGCCUAAACACCCACACUCCAAUCCUGUAUAAGUUCUAUAUCUGAGCAGUCUGAAAGAAUGUAUGGGAUGGGGUGCUUUCUUAUAUGUAGCAAUUUCUGAUGUAUUUGGCAGUGAAGGGGAUGCAGUAUUGUAGUUCUUAAAUUCUCUUUUUUAAAUUUGAGUGUACCACAACCUGUGUACAUCUUGUAAGUGAAUUUGGUUAAAGGUACAGUGCUCAGUUUAAAAAUAUUUCAAUUGUACUGACUGAAAUUAGCAGAUCUUAAGUUUUUAGGACGAGUUAUGCUAGAGGCUUGAUACCGUAAUGAAAUACCCGUGAAGAAUUUUAAAUUAAUAAUGCUAUAGAAUAUGUUCAAUUAAGACCAACACAUCCCCUAAGGAUUUUCCAGGAUAAUAAAUUUAUAAAAGUAUAGCUUGCAAGAUAAAAAGACAGAAAAAUAUAUACAUCUUCUAUUUUGGAAAAAAAAAUAAAAUAAUUAGUUGGUGUAUUCAAAAAAAAAAAGUUUUGGUACUGUACCUUUUGCCAGUAACAGGGACUUGUGCAUCAGUGAAGUUUUAUGGCUGGUUCCAUGUAACUGUAUAGUCCUAAUGCACUGGACAAAGAGGUUGAUAUUAAGGAAACUUGCUGAGGUAUUCUGCUUCUGCUACAUUUGAACAAAAAUAUUUAUUUUUGUGAGAAACGGUCAGAGCCUAUGAGAUGAAAAUUAAUAUAGUACACAUAGAAAAAGGAGGGGUAAUAAGAGGGAAGGGAAGUUUGACUAAGUUUUUCAUAAAAUAACAAGAUAGUUUUUAAAAUUUGAGGGUGGGGGGGAAGGGGUUUAUUGGUUUGCUGGCUAAAUCAUCCCCAAAUACAUUUUUAUAACAAAAAUUUAUAUGAAACUUACCUUCUCUUUUGAUCUCCCACUAUUUCUUAACUGGAAUGAGUUAACGAGAGAAUCAUUUAAAAGGUGUAUGUACAAUGUUAGCUGUUGGUAUUUGUGCAUGCACAUUCUCAGCAUCUUUGAACGAAAUGCUCUACAAAAAUUUGCUAACUUUAUUUUCAAAUUAAACAGUUUCUGAAGACCUUUUGUAUCUUAAUCCAUUUAAUGCUUGAGAACAAGAUGCUUGGGAAAAAAAAUCCUUAACACUACAUCAGUACUAUAACUGAACAGUAUGAAAGCCUUGCAAUGCAAAAUCAUUUUCUUUCAAAAACAAUUCUAAUAUCAUGGCACCUACAAAGGUUAGUCAUAGGUGCCAUUGCUGCUGUUAUGUUUUUGUGAAUCUCCAAUAGGCUUUCUGAAUUCUACUGCACUUUAGAAAUUUUGUCAUGCAUAAAAAAAUAUGCCAAUGGGUAGGGGCAAUACAGAUCUUUAAAACCAGCUUUCCAGUCUCUUAGGAGUGAGACGAGUUCUCCCACGUGUAAGCAUUCUCUGAUGCAGGCUGGCUAAACUGCAUUCCAGAUGUUGUAAUGAUCUAUACGUAUGAAUUAAAUAUGUAAAAAUUAGAGAAGUGGUUAAAGCUGUUGGGUUUCAGUCCAGAGACCUGAGGUGGUACAGUUGUGUUCAAUCUGGAUUUUUGUGGCUUACACUUUAUGUUCACAAAUAAGAUCAAGCUUCAAAGUCUUGUUUUUAACAAUGUCAUUGAUGCAAGAUGGGCUUUGGUGUUGCCUGUCUUCUGAUCUUUUUGACCUGGAAUUCUUGAGAUUUAUUUUCCUCCAUUGUAAUGUAUGUUGCUGACAAAAAAAAGGCACUGAAACUUCUAUCAACAAAAGUUUGUGCUGGCUUCAAAGUCCAGUUGUAAUGUUAACACUUGUGAAAACGUUUAUGUAAAGUUUGUGUAUCUUUUGGCUUUUCAUAUUUCCUGACUACAGGCUUGUUGAAGAAGUACACUGGACUGAAGACAAAAGUAAUAGCUGCUUUUCAGUAGAGAGUUGAAAUUAAAGAAACUAUGUAAAGUAUUAAAUACUUUUCUCUAUAAAAUUGGGGGUUUGGCUCUCUCUUAGUUAAUGCUGUCUGUAACAGUCUGAUUCUUACUUAGAAAUUCAACCUCUUUCUUCAGUGCAUUGUUUGUAUUUUAAACUGGACAUUUUCACCAAAACCUUAAUUAACUUUGAUGCCAAAGGUUGGGACUUCAUCAAGUGCUUAGCGCAUAGAGCUUCAGACUGCUGGCAUGAAGAGUUAAUGAUCUAUAUGUGAUGUUUAUGGCUUUUAAGAGAACCAAACAAAGCAAUAUUCUUUUUGGUCUUUUAAGAGUGGAUGCUUAGAAGGAGUAGAACUAAUACAGAAUUGCAAUUUCAUGCUGCCAUGUAACAGUUCUUUAGGCUCAUUCUAUUGAGGGAAUAGGUGAAUUUUCUUCUUGUGUUGCUUGGCAGUGUCAAUGAUUAUUUUUUCCCCUUGUAAAGAUGUAGAGAAUUCUUGUUGGUUUUGGUGAAAGUAGAAUCCAGAUAGCGAUGGCUGCUGUCUGAUGUGAAGAGGUCAGUCUGGUCACUGAACCCUCCAGCAGUCAUUUGAAAGAAAAACAAACUUACUUGAAAAAAAAUUUUACUAAAGCAUUUUCCCUCUAACCAAUUUUUGUAAUAUAUUAAAGAUUAUAUUUAAAGUUUGUAUGUGUUUGCUCUGGGCAAGUUUACUUCCCCUCCAACUUGAGCACUUUUGUUACUUGUACUGGUUAUUUUUAUUGUUGGUCUUAACAUUUAUUUUGUAUUUUGUUUUUUACAACUGUAACAAAAAGCUUUUGUGAACCUUUGUUUCUUGCUGGCUCUUUCUUGGACCAAAUGAACUGACUAUGAGCUGGCUUAGAAGAAAUGUUCAUUGGGAUGCAUAGGAAUUUGCUAGCAGAAAUGUACAUGUAUUGAAAGCUUUCUUCCUCUGAACCUCUAAAGCCACACCUGUCCUAAAGUAAUUAAUCAUAAUUUUAUGUGACUCUGGUAAUCUGACCACACAUUCUCUGUCUUGGUCCAAAAGAAUGGAUGUAACAGUGGUAUUCCAGAACUAAGUCUACUUCCAGACAGUCGAAUUACUCUUUGGCCGGUCGCUCUAACCACCUUUUUGAUUAAUAAAAGACAAUGCUGCCAUCUUUUACAAUUCUGUUAAUUGCAGACUUGCUGUGAAAUAAGCUGCAGAAUUAGUGAGGGCUUGCUGACACGUCAGCUAAGAGUACACUAUUGCUGUGUACUCUUAGCAAUCUAGUAAUUAAAUUUUAUCUACCAGCAAAAAAGGGCCAUUUCCCCUCAUUCGCUGUAAACUAUACAAUGGCAAACUGUAUUAAUGAAGUUUGUUACAAUUCAGUCUAGUUUCCCCCUAGCAAGGCCUAAUAUAACUGUCAACCUGAGUGGCGUGCCCCGCCUGCUUCUGUAGCCUUUAGGAAUCUGUGGGAGAGGAGAGGAAAUACAAUUUAUGAAAUUUCUUUAAAUUAAAAUCUGGUCUCAGAGGUGCUGACAAGGUCAUCGGUACACCCAUAAACCAAAUGGUCAUCCGUAUUUCUUAUUGGUCUAUCAAGGUAGUGCAAGAGUUUGUUGAUGCCAAGUCCUGUUUUUGGCGGACUUGAGGCCUCCCUCUGAGUAAUGCUCGUAAAGAGAUUUUUCUGCAUGCUCAUCGCAGCAGUCCGAUGGCAGCAUCAGUGGCCUAGGGAGUCACAGACUAAAUUUCUCACAUCUCCAUUCUUUGACAAUGGAGAUAAGUGGAAGAAGCUGUCAAAUUGUUUAACUUUUGGACACUUUAUUGUACUUCAUUUAGACUCAUGUUAAGCCAACCAGCAGUAUAAACACUGCAAAAGGAACAGACACUUCAGAGGUUUCUCUUAAAAGGACUGUUACAAACGGUUUAAGGCCUAAAGCAGGAGUCAAAAAUGGCAGUUGAGUUGUGCCUCAUUGUUUCUUAAACUCUUUACAAUGCUUUCUUUUACAGGUGACAUGGCUGUGUUGCUGUUUUGUCCUAGCAAUACUGUACAUCAUUUGUUGUUUCACUAUAUUGUAUCUACUUGAGGUAUCACAAUAAAAGCUUUCAAUUGUUUUGUUGA